UUGGGGUAUUAGGUUCCUUACGCAUCGUUUACCGUUCGAUUUUUACGCCCAAGAAAUUAGUAAACAUUUUUAAAAACGAACAAAAUCAGACAGAGACCUAAUGAAAUUGUCUUCGUUUUGAUACAAGCACAAACCUGUAUUACCGGUAAGCUUCUUGAUCAGCCUCCCCCCCUCCCACAAACCUGUCAAGAUAUGCAGCUUUAUAGUGUGAUAUAAUGUGUCACAUCAUGCAUAAAAUAGCAUGCUCACUUUGUGGACGGGUGCUUCACACGCCUUUGAUUUCAAGGUACGUUUCUGGCUUUUCUACGUUCUGUUUUCGCCUUCUAAGACUUUCGUAUCCAGCAAUCACGUUUAAUUGCGUCAGUGUUAAGGUUUGAAGGCCCUAAAAGUUGGUUAAGCGGCAUAUAAUCAAACUGAGAUCUUGAUAGUUAUUCAUCUAUUACGUAGUUGAAUAUAGCGAUUACAGAGCAAAUACUGAGGCAAAGUUAAGUCCAAAUAUGCCUAAAAACGCCAAGAGUUUGGUAACCUCUUUAAAACACAAUGUAUUCACAUGCUUGCUUUCAAACAAUUUCAGCUUUAAAAUAUGGUUUGUAGAUUUUAAAGACCUCAGAAUCAGAUGAUAUUACGACAGGAAGGUUAAACCAGUCGAACGACUUGACACUAGUUGCUCUUGUUUGACUCCCAGCUCUUUGAGGGUCACGGAAUCACAUUCCUGUAGAGCGCGUUCAAACAAACCCAGCAGUCUAAUCAUACUUCUUAGAAUCAACUUUUCUAUUCUGCUUUAGCAAAUUAUCGUUUCUGAAUGGGUCGUAAGAUAGUGUUAGCAUACAUGUGAAAUAUAUUUUCAUGCAAAUUGUUCGUAUUAUAAUGCAUUGUGAAUAAUUUCCACGUUGAAGAUGAAUAAUGAUCAUGUUGACAAAGGGCUCUUGUUAUUUCUUAAUUAUAUUUUCGCCGUAUCGUUGGAUUUCUUCUCUCUAAUUGCAGUCAAUGUCGAAGUUGUAUUGGUAGUUGCUCUAAUUUUGCUAGCAUCGUUUAAUUUUCUUUCGUGACCUAUUUCGUAAUGACAUACGUAGGACACACUAUGUUUGUUUAUUUACGCGUGCAAUUCUAAUGUUCGCUGAUGAAUUAAACUUGAUUUAAAUUCCUAACUUCUCGUCUCUCGCAAAUUACAACUUUCCCCAAGAUUGGCGCUCGGUCAGCGUUGUUGUUGUGUGAUCUCGUUUUGAUAAAACAGGUUGAGGCGUCAUUGAAUUAAGUAGUGUUUUAGUUUUAAUUAUAAAGGAUUUAAGGCUUGAGUUUUGUAGAGUCGUAUUAUUCAUGGCCUAGUGACCAUGCAUUGAAUACUAAAUAUUUCAAAAACGAGUAUUUUCUUCCGUUUGAAGGGAAAUGCAUCGGAAGUUAUGCGAAUUAUAUGACAUAACCAUUUUCCUGUAGUGGCAACGGCAGACCUUGACCACAAGCACACCACAAGGUUUAAAUUCCGCCUUGUGUAAUAUCCAAGAGUGUGAAGAUUUCUAAGAAUAGCCAAUUUCUAACAGUCGCUUUCAUUUUUCCUUUGUGUUUACGUCUAAGAUUGCAGACUGCUUUAAAUCGGUCUUUUUAGGAGUAUUGUAUCGAAACAUUUGAUGAAUUGUGACUUGAAAAAUGCUUUGAUUUUGUCCUAAUGGGUUUGACUCUAAGAUCACUUUGUAUUAUACGGUCUUAGUUGAGACUUGACAGCCAAUGAGUGUGUCAUUUUUCAUCAUAGUUGGCUAGAAUUAUAUGCCCCAUCACGUUUUAUCGCAUAAUCCUGGUAACAAACGAUGACUAAGCGGAAACCAUUACUUUCAACGCGUUUUAUCGAACACUUGUUUGAAACAUAAUAUAGACUGUCACUCCUGAGGUCAUCGUUAAAUGCGAUUUUCACAAAGCACACAAAGCUCAAUGACGUGAAAAUAUGUGGUUUUUAAAAAAGUAUCGAUUUCUAAAGCGCAUUUCUCUCCACGCGCUACUAUUUUAGUGAAUGUACGAAAAUUUCUAUCACUAUCCGGCUUGCAGCUGAAUAGGAGAUACUUGGCCUAAACUUGGCGACUUCUUGUGAAGAAAUUUAUAAACCAAUAUACCCUUUUGUCACGUGCAAGUUUGAAUGGCUCUGAAAGACUCUCGUGCUGUAAAAUUUUGCGGGAAACCCUGCUUUCCUUUAUUAAUGUCAUUUGUUACAGGGGGCACAGGUUACGCUAUUUUUGGCGAUACACCGUGGCCGUCCGAAAUUUUCUCCAGAUCAGACUUCAUCGUUUCAUCACAGCCACACAGCGAAGAUUAUUCUCGAGUAUUCUGCCGGGGUACCCAACGACGGUUUCCUCGUAAAUACAUUGAAAUUACUAUUAUUUUAGGCUAUUCAGAGUACUUUCAGAUGUCGAGAAAUGCAUUCUAAGCAGCGCUAUAAAAUCUGUAUCUGUUCGGUCAUCCUAGGAGAACUUGAGUCAGUUUCGAAAUUACAAGGGCUUGAGUAGUGUUUUCCCGAAAAUUUUAGAUGCAAUUUGAAGUAUUACGAAAGUGAGACAUUUUCUGAUUUCUCUCUCCAUUGCAUUUUUGAGUCCGAAAAUUUUAGGUUUCCUUUUCUCCACGAAAAAUAGCCUAACUAGGAAGUGAAAUGUGAAAAUUAAACUUUAGAAAAUCGUAGGGAAUUUAUUAGAUAAGCUUCUAAAAUUGUACAUGAGUGGAACGUUCAUCUAGAAGUUUUUAGCAGUACUCAAGUAAUAGAAAAUUCUUGGCAAUAUUUGCUUCUUCGAACAGAUAUUUUCAGAAAACAGUCGUUGAGUGCUCCUGAAUCUGCAUCACACGGUCAUAAAAUGUACUAAAUAUAAAAACUUAUAUUAGGAACGAAACAGUACGUGAAACGUUCUUCAAGAUAUCCCACAGCCAUGUCCGUUUAUUGCUUUCCUUCCUGUAUUUCUUCUCAUGCGAGCCUUUUGAAGUGGGUUUUAGAUAUUUUAGUCACCUUUAUAAUCUACUCAGUGAUAUUGUCUAAAAUUGCUUCGUGACUAUUGUUCUUAAGUAGCAUAGUUUUUCCUUUACUUAUUAUUAAUAUCACAAACUUUUGAAAAUGAGAAAUCUUUAGCGCGGCGGGGAAGCGAAAUCGAAAUCUAGAAUUUACUGAGAAAUUAGGACUCGUAAGGUAUCUAGUAUCCAUGGAACAAGGUAUGGAUGUAACCUGAAACUUUUCGUUAAGAAAAAUGUUAUCUCUGUACUAAAUUCUCUGACUGUCUUUUCGUAAUUGCAAUAUAACUUAUGAUUGCAAAUAAAAAGGAAAAAGGGAAGGUUGGCAAUAUACAGUGGGUCCUGAAUAUUUCAACAACUACGUAUUGGAGGAACCGACUUUGAAACUGUGAUCAUGAAGAUUUUUUUGGUUGCUAAAAAUAGCUUGAUCAGUAUUUCCUUUUUUUUGUUGGAAAACAAUAUAAAUAAAUAACUUUCCACAUCCAUCAUCUGUUAAAUUCUUGUUAAGUUACUCAGUCAAAUUUGUCGUUGCACUGACGAUUUUUGAAAGUUUACCAAAAUCCUUCUUUUGAACGGACAUUUGUUGGUCACAUUCUAGAGUGGAGACAUGCCACAACGUAUCGCAUUUUUUCACGCGGGUGCCACAAGGUUUACACUGAACUAUUUCAACAUUUUAGAGACACCCUUCUUCACUGACCAUUGUUUCUUAUGACUUCGUGACUGUUAGAAACCAUAUGCACUGUGUAUGCUCUCUAAAGACUCCUCCCUUCCUUGCCAGCCCUUCUGUCUGAUAAGUUAUAUGAUUCCCUUCCUCUUUAGCGGCUUCAAAUUGUUGCUCCUUCUAACCUCCCUUCUCCCGCAAAACCUCUCUACUUCGCAGAGGCCUCUUUGUGUCGUAGGGAGACUGGGGACAAAGAAAAAGAAAGCGCGUGGGGCACGAUGGGAAGGGGAAAGAGAGAAGAGAGGCCUUUUCCCUUUUCCCAUCUUCAUCUGCACGCGUUCUUUUUUUCGAUUAUUGCUAUUUUCAUUAGAAUACCCAGCGGGAGACUCUGCAGAGGAGAGAGCUGCAAAACCACCGUCGCGGAAAGACCCGGAAAGACAGUAUAGUCACAAGGGGAAGAAUGGCAUUACAUUAUUUUGCCUGGGCCAAUUCACGGCCUAUCAACUCAGUCAAACCGUCAAUGAAGAAACACUUUGCAUUUUGCCUUAAUUUUUGUAUAAUACAAAAUUUUGUUAACUCUUGGUGACUUGUAACUGCAAAGUCCCCCCUCCACAUAGUUUCUCGUUUCUUGUCAAUGGAAAAUGAUAAUAAAUCCUCAGUGAUGGCAGUCUAUGAAUGUUAAAAAUAUUUAUUAUUAAUUUUUUUAUUUAGAGAAUUUCACCUUCCGGCGUUAAAAAUAUGACUACAGGCUAGAAAAAUUAUUAAUCAAUUAUAGAAUGAGCAUUGAAGUGAGUACGAGGAAUAAAUCCGUGGAUCUGACUCGAAGUCCUGUGAAUUAAGCCCCAAAAAUUAUUGCCAUUUUUCUCCAAGCAAGUGAGGAUACACAUAAGCAACUCGAACAGAAUUUAAAGUUUUCUUUUUUGACAUAUACCUUGUUUUAUUUAACUUUUUGUUUUUUAAUUAUUUUUUAUUUUGUUUUACAAUGAGUUCGUGUAUUAAUGACAAUGUUUUACACUCUCUAAUUAUGAUUACGAAAAAAUACAUAAGAAAACUAAAGAAAGCGAAACCAAACAUAUAUACAGCACACACACAAUAGUACGUAGUGAUACACAGACCCCAGUACAUGUUUCCUUUAUUUACAUGAAAAUUAGUUAAGGCAGAAAUGCGGCGAAAGAAUCGAAUGCUAAUCUAUUUAAAUGUGGGGCCUUAAGUCCUCCAUCUUCGAUGUCACUACUGAGUGCAAAGCGUUUAACUUUAUCCUUCCCUUUCCACAUUAAAUCAAAGAUAAUUUUGUUUGCCUCUUUCACAAAUGAUCCAAUGAAUGCGAUAUGUUUAGUUUAGUUUAAUAAAAUAUAAGAAGAUAGGGAUGAUAAAGGUUUUGACAAUUUGAAUUCUCCCUGUGAUAGUCAGAUCCCUCUACCUCCAGAUUCAUAGCUUUUUAAGUUAAAAGGAGCUUAUUAAUUCAUUAUUAAUUUUUAUUUUAGAGCUGGCACCGGAGGGCUUGUUGGUGUUUAAGCUGCAGUGAAGAUCUCACUAAUAUGUUUCGGCCCUUAUAAACCCUAACCUUACAGAAGGCCGUAAACGAUGAUGUAUUCACUCCACGACAUCACAACUGUUUGCCCAAAACUAGAGCCUGUUGAUUCUGACGAAGGCGAAUGCAGUGAAGUCAGGAAUCUCAACCAGCGUCAGGAGAGAGAAGUUGGCGCCUUUGCCGAACGGUUUGCUAUAAACAACAACACUAUUCAUGUAAAGGAGAGUGAAUACAACACCACUGCAAGAGGCGACAAGAGUUUGCCCGUGAGAACAACCAACGGCUUGGCACCUUACGACAACGUAUCAACUACCCAAUCAAGCGACAUGUUUCCUGAGCAGUUGACCGUUACUAACACCACUGCAAGCCAUACGGCUGUUUCCAUGGAUACAUCUACACCGGAAAUAAAGAUAGGAAGCGCGUUCACGGUGGUUCCAAUUUAUGAGAUCAAUGGACAUGAAGGGCAGUAUUAUCCUGUGAGUGCCGCAGAAAGCGUUCCUGAUACUCAAAAGAGUACCCAGCAGAUUUACAGUAGCAACAACAUUGAUUCCCAUAAAGGAACUUUUCUUCAACAAAAUGGUGCAGCCGAGGGAUUGUCGUCGUAUCCAUCGAGUAUUUACGGUACAGUGCCAUAUGACUAUAUGGCCUCCAAUUCAGGGCUUUCACCAUACCAAGGAUUAGCUUCAUAUAGUGGUACUCACAGAGCCUUGACACCGUAUGAGAUGGGACUCCAGGCAAAGCCUUGCUGUCAGUGUUCCUGUCACCUACAAGUAUCGGCUUCAUCCGCUCACCUGCCAGUAUAUGACCUGCAAAGCCAGCGGCCAUCAGUCAUUAUGGUACCUUCCAAAGUGCCUGGCAACUUGGAUGGCGGGAUCUGGGGUUCAAACGCAAAGGUAAAUUCAAACAAGUUAAUUUAUUUGUAUUGUAAUCUUUCUCGUCCUUUCUUCGCCUGCCCCUCUGUCGCGCUUCUCAUUCCGCGAGCCUUUCGCGCAUGACUUCUCGCGAUAUCCCCCAGAUUAGAAAGCUAGCCCGGCGCAGGCUACACAGAGCACAGAGAGUUAAGUACAGCGUGAUCUGAGUUUGUUGUCGCAAAGCAGAGCAGAGGUUACGAGAAUUUGGCAAUAAAACGCCGACUCCUUAAGGGCGGGAGUGGGCAGGGACUGCAGACAAACCGGGCGAAUGGCUAACAAAUCGUGACUAGUAAGUGCUAACAAAGAGAUAAUAUCAUUAAAUGAAAGAAGAUUAUCGCAGUCUAAGACCCAACUUUUGCAGUUGCGGAAGGAAAGGCUGAAAUUUUUUUUGAGGCUUUGUUUUUCGCCCUUGGAAGAGCUGCGUCUUUAACUGCGAUGAUCUUCUUUCAUUUAAUUCCUCACCCCAGCAGUUCCUAUAUAUGAUUUUUCAUAUUUAUCAUUUCAAUCGUAUCAUUGUCUCUGUUGACCAUCAUCGCGAUAGUGAUGUUGUAGGCAAAGGGUUUUCACUCACGUAUUCAGUGGCUAUAAUUAUAGUUUCUUAAAAGAAAAGAAUGAAUAUAUUUUACACAAAUAAAA